GGGAGUUGUAGUUCUCCACCCGACGUUUAUUUCCGCCCUCCCUAAAGAAAGUAUGUUAAAAAGGGGGUGCGUCUUUAUUUCUCCCCUGGCGCGUUGCAAUGGCCUUUGACAUUAUUUCCUCCCGCUUUCUUUACCGACAUGCAUGAUGAGAGUCGCUGUUUCCCGCGACACGGCGGCUGAGUUUGUGAACGGUGUCACUUGCCCUCCUUCCCUUCGUGAGCUUUUUGCUCCUGGACGGGUCAGCGGGUGCGGAACGAGAUGCACCACCCUGGUUACUCAAGGGGCGCGUCAUGAUCGUCUAGUAGCGUGAAGAGAAGGGUGGGGCAGAGAAGGGAGCUCUGCAUGGAAGCCCUGCUGAGCUGGCCGAAAUGGGUGGAAAAGGUAGAAAUCAUGUAACUUCUGCAAGCCACCUCGUUGCCUUGGUUCUCCUGCUCCCGGGCUUCGCUUUUUGGGGAGCAGUGAAGGCGAGGCCUCUGCUCAACGAGGAUUACACUUGCAGCAGAUGCGGGAAGCCUAACAUUGUGAUGGUGAUGUGCGAUUCCUUAGAUGGAAGGCUGACAUUUCACCCAAAAAAUGAAACAGUAGACUUGCCUUUUGUCAACCUCAUGCGAAAACAUGGCAGUCUCUUUCUUAAUGCUUAUACCAAUUCUCCAAUAUGUUGUCCUUCCCGUGCAGCUAUGUGGAGUGGCCUCUUCACUCACAUAACAGAAUCAUGGAAUAAUUUCAAGGGUUUAGAUCCAAAUCACACAACGUGGGUGGACGUCAUGGAAAAACAUGGCUACUAUGCUCAGAAAUAUGGAAAGCUUGAUUAUACUUCAGGGCAUCACUCACUAAGUAACCGUGUGGAGGCUUGGACCAGAAGUGUUGAUUUUUUGCUUCAGCAAGAAGGCAGGCCUGUGGCAGAACUCGUAGGUAACAAGUCUUAUGUGAGAGUCAUGCAAAAAGAUUGGAAGGCCACUGAUGACGCUGCAGCUUGGCUAAGAAACAAAGCCACCAACUUGACACAACCCUUCGUUCUUUACUUGGGGCUAAAUUUGCCUCAUCCAUAUCCUUCACCUUCCUCUGGAGAAAAUUAUGGGGCAUCUACAUUUCGGACGUCUCCUUAUUGGCUACAGAGGGUGAGAUACGAAGCCAUCAAGAUUCCAAAAUGGCUUCCAUUUUCAGAGAUGCACUCAGUAGAUUACUAUUCCUCUUAUACAAAGAACUGCACAGAGAAAUUUACGGAGAAAGAAAUCAGAGAUAUCCGAGCACAUUAUUAUGCCAUGUGUGCAGAAACGGAUGCAAUGCUUGGCGAAAUAAUUUCUGCUCUAAAUGACACAGGACUACUCAGAAGGACUCUUGUCAUAUUCACUGCAGAUCACGGAGAACUUGCCAUGGAACACAGGCAGUUUUACAAAAUGAGCAUGUACGAAGCAAGCUCCCAUGUUCCUCUCCUUAUAAUGGGACCAAAUAUUAAGCUGCAGUUCUUCCCCAGAGUGGUAUCCCUUGUGGAUAUCUACCCUACCAUGCUCGACGUUGCUGGAAUACCUAUACCAAAAAAUCUCAGUGGAUAUUCACUGAUGCCCCUGGUAUUGAAAGAGGCAGAUGAUAAAGUCCCAACUAAAAAGCAACAUCCUGCUUGGAUUCUGAGUGAAUUCCAUGGCUGCAAUGUGAAUUCUUCGACCUACAUGCUGAGAACUAACAGAUGGAAAUACAUAGCAUACUCGGAUGGUCGUUCAGUUUCUCCUCAGCUGUUUGAUCUCUCUGCCGAUCCAGAUGAACUAACAAAUGUAGCAACCAAGUUUCCAGAGAUCACACGGUAUUUGAACAAAAAACUCUACUCCAUCGUUGAUUAUCCCAAAGUCUCUGCCUCUGUUGAACAGUACAACAAACAGGAGUUUAUCAACUGGAAACAAAGUUUAGGACAGAACUAUUCUGUUACCGUAGCUAACCUCAGGUGGCACCAGAACUGGAAGAAGGACCCAAAGAAGUAUGAGGAUGCAAUUGAUAGAUGGAUUAAAGAGAAGACAAAUCUGUGAUAUGUCUGCAGAAAGUGAGAAUGGACAAUCUGCUCCUGAAUGUAAAGAGGCAGUGCGGGUGCAAUAAGCAGUUACAUCUUACUGCAACAGAUACUGAAAUGGGACAUGGGAUCAGAUGCUAUCCUCCAGUCCCUCCCGUUUCCCGACACAAAUCUACUCUGCUAAGCUAUAAAUACUAGCUAGUCCCAGUUGCCUUUUAACCAGGAUUUGCUAGCCAGCUUCAGAAUCUGAUUUCAACUCUGGUUAAGAAUCCCUGCUAAGUGACCUGUGAUUAACAUGGAUAUUG